AUGUUACAUACAGUUGAAUAUACCUUUGAACAGACCCAAAGUGGGGAAAACUUGAUUGUCAGUGGAGGUCCUCAGUUCCCUGAUAAACUAGAGACCAAUAAAAACAAGCUAAGGCUGUAUGUCCAUCCAAUCUGCCCUUUUGCAGAAAGAGCUAGGCUUGCAUUUGCAGCCAAGGAAAUCGAUUUCCAGACUGUAUUCGUCGAUAUGAGUCCAAAGCCUGAGUGGUUUAUCAAAGAAGGAGGACUUGUACCUCUGCUAGAAUCAACAGACGGAGAAUUUAUCCAAGAAAGUGACGUCCUAGUCCAAUUUGCUAUGGAUUAUUCUGAUAGAGGCAUUCAGUUACUUCCAAAAGAUGCUUUCGAAAGUGCUAAAGUUAGGAGAUACAUCAAAAAGAGAGAUGAAGGAUUUCUCUUUGCUUCUUUUAAGGCUUCUAUUUGGGGUAAGCAAGAAGACAUCGAAGUUCUUACAAAAAGACUUCAAGAACUCGAAGAAGACCUAUCCCUAAAUACUGAUGAUAGCUCAUUUUUCCUAAACCAGAAGGAACCAGGAAUGGCUGACAUUGUUUUAUCUCCAAUUUUAGUCAGAUUUUAUUUUACCCUUCAAGGAAGCUUUGAAACUUUAAAAGUUUUUAGCCUUGAGACAUAUCCAAAUAUUGUCAAGUAUGUUGAGAACAUUCUUCAACAUCCAGUUUUUAAAGAUUCAUAUGUGACAAAGUGGGAAUAUAUUAAUUAUCUCAUAAAGAAACAGUCUGAUAAUUCAAUAAAGCUCCCAUAUCCUCUUGAUGUGACUCCACUUGAAAUAUCUCAAUCGAAGCAAGAGAUGAUUAUUCCGAAUGGAAUAACUGCUAAGCCUGUGCACAACUCAAACUAUGUCAGGCUAUAUGGGCACCAUCUAUGUCCUUUCGUUCAGAGAGUUCUUCUUGUACUUACAGCCAAACAAGUUGAAUUCCAAUUUGUUUCAGUGGAUCUUACUACCAGAAAUAGUUGGCAUUAUGAUAUCAACAAGGGUCUAGUCCCAGUGCUGGAGCAUCCUGACGGGACCCUGGUCCACGAUUCGUUGGAUGUCUGCGACUGGAUUGAACAGAAAUAUUCUGACAAAGGCAUCCAGCUUUAUCUUGAUGGAGAAGAUUCAAAGCCUCAUGCCAAAGAAAUCAUAGAUAAAUGGUUCAAAAAUGUUGCUCUUUUCAUAUUAGUAUAUGUCAGCCAUGAAAUAAGAAAUAAAGGACCAAAAGAAAUCUUAGAAGCUCUUGAUUGGGCCGAGCAAAAUCUCCCUGAUGAUGAGUCAAAGCCAUUCAUUCAAGAGACUACUCAAGAAACAAUGGUGGAUUUGAUGAUUCUACCAUUCUUCAGAGACCUGUUUGCUCUAGAACACACUGCUCUCAAAGAAGACUUCUUCGAAAAGAUAGACUUUUCUACAUUCCCUAAGGUGGCGAAUUGGUACAAUACUCUGUAUAACAAAUAUUCAGAGCAACUUGCGGACGAUCGGGCCUUCUCCAACUUUUGUCAGAAAAAUAUUGAAGCCAACGGCCCAAAAGUGCAACUGUUCUACCCCUUAUUCUAA